AAAGCUUUGAUGAUGCUCUCCUUCCUAUCGGAUACAACACAUAUAUGCUCCUAUUAUCCAAAAGGUUCCUUAAACCGCUCAAAGAACCACAUUCUUGAAUCAUCAUUUUCAUAAUCAACUACGCCGUAUGCUAGUGGUAGGAUACUACUUGCACAUACAAAUACAUGCAUUUAUAAAGUAUUUUGACAUUGAUGACUAUCCCCCUUCCUGCUAUCGCGCUCAUUUAGGACCAUUACCACCUUUUGACGAUUUCAUGGGCGAGGCUGAGUUACUGAUGAAACUGGCUAACCGAGCUAUCCAGGAAUAUAACGAGAAAGAGUGCAAUGUUUAUAAGUACAAGGUUUUGAAGAUUGAGAAAGUGAAUCAUCGUUUGUCAAUGUACUAUACAUAUUGGAUGACUGUCAACGUAUUAAAUCUCACUCUUGGUACUUCUAUAGAAACUUUUCAAAUCCAUGCUGCUAUGAGUUACGUCAAUGAUGAUGAGGUUAUCUAUUGUUGCCGGCCUAGAGAAGAGGCCAUUGUUGGUUUGCCAAGCUGCGAGUUUUGUUCUGGCUUGCUGCCAGAGAGGCGUGUCACGGGAGGAAAGGAACCAUAGUUAUUUAAAUUUCUACUGUUUGAGAUUUCAUCAUUAUAAGGUGAAGAAAUGAACAAGGGGUAGACGAAAGCAGUGAAGAUGUUGAUCGUUGUUAGACCUUCACAUGUUUUAGGAUUUUUUAUUUAGGAUCUUUUUGCAAACUCAUGUAUGUUAACUCUUGAAUCUCAAACAAUUUGAUGUAUUUUCUUUCUUUUAUA